AUGAACGUCGAGCUUUCGUUCAUCUCUGGGCCCAAGAAUGUUUUCUCUUUGUUCAGGCAAUCCCGAAAAUUCUCUGCCAAAGCCAGUGUGAUGAUUGCUAUCGAUCGCUUGUUCGGAACGCCCAAGCAUCUGGUACCGAGCUUCUACGACCACGACGAUACAGGCUACGAUGGAAAGCCAGACUCCGGAUCUCGAGAUGUCGCCCCUCAUCUGCGUAUCCAUCACACAGUGCAUGUGCAGGUCAUCAAGUACUUGUCUGGAUCCGGCUUGAAGCCUAUGACUAACAAGCUGAUGGAAAACAUCGCAAAGACCAUGCUCAGCAGCGGUAUAGGCGGUGUGUGGCUUGAGAUGGAAGAUCUGUUCGACUUUUGCAAAUUAAAGUUAUUGCACGCAUCGAUCAACUCCAUGUUCGGCGAGUAUCUUACGGCUUUGCACCCUGACUUCGUGGACGACUACUGGAAGUUUGACGACUGUACCACGACUCUGGUCAAAGGCUUCCCAAGCUUCAUGGUCCCGAGAUCUUGGGCUGCACGUCGCAAAUGUCUCGACAGUCUCAAGCACUGGAAGGCGUACGUCGAAAAGCUUGUGGACGCUGAUGGUCGCACUUUCUACGAAGGCCUCGACCCCCAUUUCGGAUCUCAAUUCAUUCGUCAGCGUCAUGAGGGCUUCAACAAGAUGGAGCCCAUGAACGCAGAUUCUAUUGCAUCCGAAGAUCUUGCAAUCAUGUGGGCAGCAAACUCGAAUGCCAUUCCUGCGGCCUAUUGGUUCCUCUAUGAGAUUUUCAGAGAUCCUGAACUGUUGGGUAGAGUACGAUCUGAGGUCGAUGGGGCUCGUACGAAUGCACAUGAGCCAGAUGCUCCGCCGCGUUUCGACUUGGAGGCUCUCAUCAAGUCGCCCUUGCUACAGAGCAUAUACGCCGAGACGCUUCGACUGCAGACGGCUAUCCUCAUCGCCAGGAUGCCAGCCAGAGAAGACUAUCAGCUCGGCGACUACUCGUUCAAGAAGGACAGGCUCCUUGUGGCGGCUUCCUACAUUGCCCAUCAUGACACUAAGGUGUGGAACCAGGGCACCGUGGACGAUCCUCAUCCCCUCAACCAAUUCUGGGCUGAGCGCUUCCUCCUCAAGACGGGUUCGGACCACAGCGGGCCACUGCUACAGUCAUAUCUCGAUUCGGCGAUGGAAGACUCAGCAGUACAACCCGAAGUGAAGUACUCGACUGACGGUCUUGCUGGCGCUUGGGUGCCAUAUGGUGGCGGCCAAAGUCUGUGUCCCGGUCGACACUAUGCGAAACAGGAAAUGCUUAUGACUUUUGCAAUCAUGUCCACCUGUUUCGAUAUCGAGAUAUUGCAGGAGCCGGGCGAAGUGACUCUGCCAGAUCUCGGGUACUUUGGUCUGGGUGUGCUGCCCCCAAAGAACAUUCCGGAAGGAUUCGGUGGUUGA